AUGGCAGCGAGUACGAACAUAGUCAGUCAGCCGACGACGUUGACGCCUUUACCACCGAUAUUGCAGCGAGGACUGAUGGCCGUAUCAUUCUUUGGAUUUCUGUCCUUCCUGACGUCUGUGGCAUUGUUCGCAAGAUUGGCAUAUCGACUGAUAACCUGGAAAGCAAAGACACACGCACGAGUAAACCAAUUCGUGGUCUUGAUCUUCAACCUGGUAUUUGCAGACAUUCAACAAUCAUUAGCCUUCCUCCUCAACACAGCCUGGCUACGCGCCGAUAGCAUCGAUGUGCACUCCAGCACCUGCUGGGCACAAGGAUGGUUCGUGUCGACAGGCGACUUGGCUUCCGGCGUCUUCACUCUCGCCAUAGCACUACACAGUUACCUGGACAUUGUGCACGAUAUACGACUUGGUCACAAGGCUUUCCUGUGCUCAGUGGUAUCAGCGUGGAUCUUUGUGUACGCCUGUGCCAUUAUAGGCGUGGCGAUGCACCCGGAUGAUUAUUAUGUUAGAGCUGGUGCGUGGUGCUGGGUGAAUCUCAAAUACACCAACGAACGUCUGUGGUUGCAUUAUUUCUGGGUCAUCAUUGCCGAGUUCGGGACGGUGAUCAUCUACACACUCAUCUUCUUGAUCCUGCGACGACGGGUCAAGGAGUCGUUCUACACAACAUCCUCGACACAGAUGAGGGCGAGAAGUGCGGCGAAACUGAUCAUUGCCUACCCUAUUGUGUACGUCGUCUGCACGCUCCCCUUGGUUACUGCACGUCUGACCAGUAUGGCGGGAGGGCACAUAACUUUCUUGGAGCUUUGUGUCGCUGGAGCAAUGAUCACGUCCAACGGCUGGCUGGACGUGCUCCUUUACACACUCACUCGCCGCGCCCUCCUCUUUGACGACGAAACACUGGACGAGCGGAGUCGGGUCCUAGACACUUUUAGACUACGACCAGAUCAGCAGUACGGCGUCACAACGACGAUCGAAGCCAGAGGAACGGACCACAUGCGGAAGUCAUCAAGAGGGCGUGGCUUGGGGCUCGAAGGUGGAAGGAGUGGCGUGCAUAGUCGGGAUGGAAGUCAGGAAGAAUUGGUGGGCAUGCAAGGUGUGAAGAGUACAACAGUGGUGCAGACAGUGAUAGAGCCACUGGAGAUGAUGACGCCUGUCACCACUAGCGGGCAAAGAGGGCGAAGUUUUGAUCUGAGAAGCGCGAAGAGUGCUGAGAAGUAG